AUGCAUGGCAAUGGCCUCUCUGUGGGUGGACUGCUUAAUCACAGUCCUGACAUAAGUGCCAAAAAUGCUCGUUCUAUGCCUACAGACUCAUCUGAGCCCCCCAUGACACCUCGCAAUAGUUCGCCACUUUGGGAAGUGCCCAGACACACCUCUACGACCACCAGUGCCAACCCAAAUCUUGCUCACGCUCCCACCCCUGAAUUUUGCUACAAGGUUGUCCUCAAAAACCCAAAAACCCAUAUAUUCGACUCUUCCAACCUCUUCUUUGGCUCCGGCGGCUCCCUGGACCCUCCAGACCUCAACAAAUGCUUGCACCUCACCCUUACAUGCGACAAGAAGCAAUUUUUGGAAGAUGUUGAUUGGUACUUGUGGGGAGACAAAGAUUUUGAGGACGGCAUCGUGAUUCCAAUGUCCCUGCAUGAGGGAUUGUCUGUCUGUGGCCAAACAGCUGAUGGGUGCGUGCUCUACCAUUUCCCCGCAGUCCAACAGCUACUCACACAUACAGCCCUGUCAUUCCCCAACUCGGUUUAUCAACUUAUCUUCUAUGACCCUGACUCUGACUCAAGUGAGUACACUACAAGCGACAAAUCAUUAAGUGAUGAUGAUAUGAACAUUUAUGUGGACAACUCGGACAGCAAGGACUUCAAAAACACAGCCCCUCCUCAUGCUACAUCUGCGCUGCCCCUCGAUUCAUCUCCAGUCUUUCACUACAACAUCUCGCAAGCCUAUUUGUCACCACCUGCAUCGGUUCUUUCUACUGUCACGCUGUCAAAUCCAAUAACUACAGCCAAUUUCAGCAUUCUAUCAGGGCCUGGACAACACACCACCUCAGAACUUGUUCAACAGACUGCAUGA